UUUACGGAGCCUUGAAAACACCGACGGGCGGGGCAGGACGUGACACUUCUCCCCACCAACACGGAAAAACGCCAUUGCUGCUGCUAGUCUGCACUGUCUCUGCAGCACAGCUUCAAGAGUCUGAGAAAGACAUUAUUUCAAAUUUAAAGCAAACUGAGACACAGGUAGGAGAACCAGACCAUGUCUCUGCUGCCCAGCAGACCCACACACAGGACAUCGAUGCUGUUCUGAGAGAGAUGGGCGCCUGGUUGGCUGCCUUGAAGGUGGAGGUGAAGCACCUACAGAGAGAUAAUGAAGUGCAGGCAACAGAACUGGCUGCUGUCAAAGUCAAGGCAAGCUUCACUGAAAACAGAGUGGAAGCUCAGGCAGCAGAACUAGCUACUGUUCAGGCCAAAGUGGACAAUGCUGAAAACCAAGUGGAGGCUCUGAAGAGAGAGGGAGAAGCAAAACGUCUGGCUUUCUCUGCCUCUUUCUUGGCGUUGACUCCAGGAAACUUUGGACCAUUCAACACACACACAACUCUGGUCUUCAGACAUGUUGUCACUAAUGUUGGAAAUGCCUACAACCCACAUACAGGGCUGUUCACUGCACCGGUGAGAGGAGCGUAUCACUUUGAGUUCUACAUAUAUGGACAUGGUUCUUCAAAUCCUACAUCUGCUGUGUUGGUCAAGAACAGAGAGCAGAUCUUCACGGCAUGGACAACUCAGCCUGAAGGUGGACAGAAGACGUCUAACGGUGUCACGCUGCUGUUAAAUGUCGGAGACGUUGUAUUUUUGCGCAUGUGGGCUAAUUCAAGAAUUCAUGACAAUCCAGAUCAUCACAAUACCUUUAGUGGUCAUCUGCUUUUCACCAUGUAGGCAUCUGGCAGGAUUUUUAUUAUGAUGUGAGACUUGAACAAGGUGGAACUCACCAUAUAUGAAGAUAUAUGUUAAUCCUAAUUUUCUGUAUAUUGAGAAGCUGGAAAAGUACAUUAACAGGAGUAUAUUUAUGUGAUGAGUUCAUGUGUAGUAAUGAAUUAUUAUAUUUACGUUUUGUAGUGUGGAUUUAUUUUGUGUGUGUGGUUUGUGUUCUUCCUGCCCAAAUGACUACAAAUAAAUAAAAAAAACAAUCCAGUGAUCUGCACAAUGCCAGAGACAACUGUCACAACAUUUGAAGUUUACCAAUUCUGUCAAUUCACAACAAGCCUCAGUGUAUUUUCUUGCGAUUUUAAAUAACGAACCAACAUAAUUUAUAAUUAUG